CUGCCUCUCCUCUGUCUCCCUCUCCUUCUAUCUCUUCUCACAAGUGAAACCCCCUUUCUCUCUCUCUCUCUCUCUCUCGUUUUUUCCAGCACAUGCCGUUCCGUUGAAGCUUGGAGCUGAGUUAUAGAUGUCUGCCGGAAUUUCUUCCCCCCUCAUCCAUUCCACUGUGUAAUCGAUGGAGACGACAGAGUGCAGGUGCAGCCGCGGCGUGUGUUAGCGGCAGCAGGGGGACGGCGUGUGGUGCACUAGGACCGCGGAGAGAUUCUGCUCGUCGUGUGCAUUGCAACUACAGAGCUAAAGCUGUUGGAGGAAACCCCCCAUCGGAUCUGGCCAUUAUAUCCAUACAUUUCUUUUUCCCAUCUCAUCCACCGCGGCGCCGCUGAGUGGGGAUCGCACCAAAACCCAGCGCGUCCUGGAUGGUCAAGCACCCUGGAGAGGAUUAGUAGAUGAACGCGAUUUGCGUAAAAGUCAGCUGUCAGGUUUUUUUUUCUUCUUUUUUUUCCUUUUUUUUUUUGGAACAAGAAGGUAGGGGAGGGUUGGUCAUUUGGCAGCUUCGCCCCAACUCGUUUGACAUUGUUUUAUUGGCUGUAGUAGAAUCUUUUUUUCUCUCUCUUUCUACCCGUCAUCCGUUUUAUUUCAAGCGCGCAAAGUCACAUCUGCGUAGGAGAGAGGCGCUUGGCGCACUUCUUCCCCAAAGGACAAGAGACAAAAAUCUCCAUUCUUCUGUUUGGAUUUAAACCGGACGACUGGCUGAAUGGGUGACCUCGCUGAAACACAGACUAUCACCAGCUUGCGCCCACUGUAUGGAAACGUGUUUUCUCUAUUGACCCGGAGUUGUGAUGUCCAAAGCCACUGACUGACAAACGGCGUCGUACCAUUUUGGAAUCGAGUUGAAGGCUGUGAGGACGGGGGAGGGGAAGAUGAGACCUCCCAGCCCUCUGCUGAUCCUGCUCUACGUCACCCUGUCCAAGAGUGUGAAGGUGGUCUCCAAGAGAGGCUCAGUGGAUGGCUGCACAGACUGGUCGGUGGACUACCUAAAGUACCGGGUGCUUCAGGGUGAGCCGGUGCGACUGAAGUGCGCACUCUUCUAUGGGUACAUCAGGGCCAACUACAGCCAGGCGCAGAGCGUGGGCCUCAGCCUCAUGUGGUACCGCAGCUCUGGCCUCGGCCACAGCGACUUCGAGGAGCCCAUCUCUUUCGACGGUAUGCGCAUGAGCAAGGAGGAGGAUGCCAUCUGGUUCAGACCUGCUGACCUUCAGGAUGUGGGCCUCUACUCCUGUGUGCUGCGGAACUCCACGUACUGCAUGAAGGUGUCCAUGUCUCUGACUGUGGCAGAGAAUGACACCAACCUGUGCUACAACUCCAACAUGAGAAAAGCUGAGAAGGCAGAGCUGAGCAAGAGUAAAGACAUCCUGUGUCCUGACAUAGACGACUAUGUGGAACCUGGCAAAGACCCAGACAUCGUCUGGUACAAGGAGUGCCGUCCCAAGCAGUGGCGUGCCAGCAUCAUCCUGAAGAGAGACAUUCUGUCUAUCCAAGAGGUAAAGGAGGAUGACAUUGGGAAUUACACCUGUGAAAUCCAGUUUGGUGGUUUUCUAGUCAGAAGGACGACGGAGCUCACAGUAACUGCUCCUUUGACCGACAAGCCGCCAAAGAUCCUGUUUCCCUCGGAAAGCAAGAUUACCAACAUGGAGCUGCAGCUAGGAAGCGCUUUGAACCUCACUUGCCGGGCGUUCUUUGGCUACAGCGGUGAAGUCAGCCCGCUGAUCUACUGGAUGAAGGGGGAGAAGUUCAUAGAGGACCUGGAUGAAGAGCGAGUCCAGGAGAGCGACAUCAAGGUUGUCAAGGAGCAUCUUGGUGAACAGGAAGUGGCCAUUUCUUUGACUAUUGACUCUUUGGAGGAGGAAGAUUUGGGAAAUUAUUCUUGCUAUGUGGAAAAUGGUAACGGCCGUCGCCAAGCUACCAUCCAGCUGUUCAGGCGGGCAGAGCUCAUGUACACGGUGGAGCUGGCAGGAGGGCUGGGAGCGAUCCUGCUGCUACUCAUCUUCCUCAUCUCCCUCUACAAAUGCUACAAGAUAGAGCUGAUGCUGUUCUAUAGGCGGCACUUUGGCAGCGAGGACGUGGACGGAGAGAACAAGGACUACGAUGCAUAUUUGUCCUACACCAAAGUGGAUCCGGACCAGUGGAGUCAGGAGACCAGGGAGGAGGAGCGCUUUGCCCUGGAGAUCCUCCCCGACGUCUUGGAGAAACACUACGGCUACAAACUCUUCAUCCCAGACCGGGACCUCAUCCCAACAGGAAGUCUCACCAAUGAGCAUUACCAGGAUGACACACGACUCUUUGGAGCUUAUAUUGAGGACGUGGCUCGCUGCGUGGACCAGAGCAAACGCCUCAUUAUAGUCAUGACACCCAACUAUGUGGUGCGACGAGGCUGGAGCAUCUUCGAGCUGGAGACGCGUCUGCGCAACAUGCUGGUGACCGGGGAGAUCAAAGUCAUCCUGAUCGAGUGCGCCGAGUUGCGCGGCAUCAUGAACUACCAGGAGGUGGAGGCCCUUAAACACACCAUUAAAACCCUCACUGUCAUCAAGUGGCGCGGGCCCAAAAGCAACAAGCUCAGCUCCAAGUUCUGGAAGCAGCUGCAGUACGAGAUGCCGUUCAGGCGCACGGAGCCCAUGCUCACACAUGAGCCGGCGCUGGACGUCAGCGAGCAGGGCCCGUUCGGAGAGCUGCAGACCGUCUCCGCCAUCUCCAUGGCAGCGGCCACCUCCACCGCCAUGGCCACCGCCCACCCGGAGCUGCGCUCGACGUUCCACAACACCUACCACACCACCAUGAGGCAGAAACACUACUACCGCAGCUACGAGUAUGACAUACCCCCGGGAGGGACCCUGCCACCCCUCUCCUCUCUGGGGAACCAGCACACCUACUGCAACAUCCCACUGACACUGCUGAACGGACAGAGGCCUCCCGGAAAGAGCCGAGAACACAGCCUGGAGGAGGCACACGCCAACAACGCCAUGCUGCCUCUGCUGCCCAGAGAAACCAGCAUCUCCAGCGUCAUCUGGUAAUGAUGAGCCGACUAAGCCUCAGCUUUAGGAAGAUCAGUCAGGGUCAGACACGCUUAGGCUCAGUCUGGUAGUUCUUAGGAACACAUGUAGAGGUCAUGAUUAUGGCAAAAAUAAAUAAAUAGAAGUGUUUUGGAUCCAUUUGGCUCCAGUCAUUGUUAACUGACAGCAAAUAACGGAGACACAGCAGGUUUUUGGACACGGUUUCCCUUGUUUUUCAAGUGGACUGCACGUCUUUUCCAGAGGCUGUUUUCUAUGAGGAACUACAGGGGAUAUAAUGAAAACACUGUUUCACUGACUAGCGAGAAAACGGACUCGCGAGAACUCCACGUUAAAGAAACACUAUGGCAAUUGUGCACACACAUGCAUACACAUACACAAAAAAUGUGCAUACAUACAAACAAAAGGAAAACAGGGUCUGUACAUAUAUUUCAAUUUAUUUGUAGCAUCAGUGUUCUCCUGUUUUGUUCUUUUGUUUGUUUCACUCAAUCAUGUCUGUUGCCUUCUCUACUGUAGGACUUUGCUUUAACUUGUUAUACAGAGUUGUAUAUUUUUUCUUGUUUUCUCCUUUCAGUUUGGUUUUAUUCUUAUUUUAACACGCUUGUUUGGAGAGCCAGUAUGUCAUGUACCUGCGCCGUUGUGUUCUUUUGUUUGUUUUCUCGAAUCUUUGUGUAGUUUAAGAGAACAUUUUUUCAAACUUUUGGAAUUGCCUGGACAUUUCAGGAGCUUUGAAAGAGCUGAAACCUGUUUUUGUUUACCUGUAAAGGGUGUAUCUAGUUUAAAAGGAAACUCUCUUUUAAAAAAUCAUAGAAUAUGCAAAAAGAAGGAGGAGCUGGCAAAAAUAUACCGUCCUGUGGGACCGAGAUGGAGGACUGGCUGGGGAGAGGUGCUGGUCCUCUCCAAUCAGACACACCGAUAGACUGGCAGAUCUCUCUCUAAAGCUUCAUAUUUUCUAUUGAAACAAACAGCCUUGCUGUUUUAGAGUGAUAGUGAAAUGCCUCACCUUAAAAAGAAAUCUGUAGAUUAUUUUAAAAAGAAUUCUAUUUUUAUAACAGAAAAGAGUUUGCUUGAGAAGUCAUACUUAUUUGCAUUUCAUCUUCCAUAGAAAGAGGAUUUGUGUAUAAGUGUUAUGCCGGUUUUGUACACUUGCAGUGUGGUUCCUGGUUUGUUAAGAGAUUACGGUGGCUUUUGAAUCCCACAUGACAAAAUAUGUCCUCUACUGUUCUAGAUUCAAAAGUGAAGCAUUUUCAAUGUUUUGGUUUUUAAAACAUAAUAUUAUUCCUAUCCUAAUAAUUCAUUUGGUUCAUAUGGAUAGUUCAUGUUUAAGGAAAGAAAAAGAAUACAUUUGUGUUUUGAAAGACUUUUUAAAUAUAUUUGAAGGUGUGAUUUUUGAGUAUGCAUAGCAAAUAGAUAUGUAUUCUAUAUAUAAUAUAGAUAUUUAUAUAAAUAUAUAAACACAAUUUUCACUUGGAAAGAAAUGUCUAUCUUUAUAGAAACACAAUCAUUAUCAGUUGCCCUUACUUUCUCACUGCACAUUAAAAACAUUGAUUUCCUUUUGAUGUUUUCUUUUUGCGUCCAACUUUAGCCGUUGGUAAAACACUUCUGAUCCCACUCUGAUAGUCAGAUUAAGCAUCAAUCACCAUUAACUAUGACUCCUUUGAUGAUCCACUGUGUGUGAACACGUGAAUUGGAAACCGUUAUCCCCCUGAAAAAUCUGGCACGGGAAAAAUCAAACAGCUGUGAUCAUCUCCGAGUCCUGUCGAAAUGUCUUUGAGCAAACCAGAACUAAACUGUGCCUCCGACAUCCAACUGCUUCUGUAGUAAACUGCACCACAGUACUUUAGUAUUAGGAGACAAAUGGAAAAGCAGUGUCCGUGUGUGUGCCGUUUUAUUCUCUGUCCUCUAAGAGAAGCUUAGGAAAUGUGCUUUGCAAACAGCUCAUUGUGUUCUAAAAGGAGAAUCAGAAGGAGUUCAUUUUAAGAUAUGAACUAUUUAUAUUCCUCUCUUCCAACGAAAACCGCCUCAGUUACAGCAAAAUAUCGGUGCAUCGUGCGAGGGAGAAAGGCCAGCAGUUUUCACAGCAGAUGUUUUGGCUUGUCACAGCAGGAAAAGCACAGGUGUAAGUCAUAUAAUUAAAAAAUAAGGCUGCAUUCCAUUUAUGUGAGCCAGUUCCAGGAUCCUUGUGUUGUGCAGUCUGGAUCACCGUUACUUCUGACUAGGACACUUGAUGGAACGGAGUUAAUUAAAUUUGCCUCAUAUGUGCUUUUAAGCUCUGACAAAUCAAGGUGUCAGUCAUGAAAUGAGUCUAUGAUGGAAAAUGCACUGAUAUAUACGUUUUUAAGGCUUUGUGGAGUAAAACAUUCACCAAGUAAGCAGUAAUUCCCCUGGUUUGAAACUGGCUGGAGAAUUUUUGUUGCGUGACAUCCUGUCUGCUCUCCCCCCAUGUUUCCCUGUCCAUCUCUGCUGUCAGAUAGACCCAGAAAUGCCAAGAGAAGAUAAACCUUUUUUAAAAAGAAAAAUGAGGAAAAAAAAGAACAUGUUGAUGUAAGAAACAUUUGGCUUAAAGCCAAAGGAGUUUCAUUUGAUGCCUGACAUUUGCUCGGCAACACAAACACACCGGUGGGUGAGACGCUGCCAAACAGUGCCAUCUCCUGGGAAUAAACACUACCUACAACGCGUGUUUGUGAUUGAACACUGGUAAACACAGAAACAGAAAGCAGACUUACUGAUGUCUGCCAACCCCAGGAGAAAACAGAGAAAAACAGAAACUGGGGCAGAGUAAAAAAAAAAAAAAUGUUAAAAAAAAGACAGGAUGAGGCUAAGUUAAAGGCAGAGGAAUGAGGAAUUGAGUUAAAGACAGAGUUUGUCACCAUAAAACACAAGGCUGUGGACAUUUUUUUUUUGGUUGGAGUCGGGGUGCACAAAAAGGGCUGGGAUGGUUUCAGACUAUGCAAACACAAGGAACACCGCUGUUAUAUCAGUACCAAUAAAUAAAAUAAUAAAUGGGCCGCAACCGCUCGCUGGAGUUUA